AAAAAACGGGAAGAGAUUCGAUCGGCAUCGCAUCGACGACGGCGGCGGAGGAAGUAAUGGCGAACAUAGAAGCUGAAGCAGUCGAUUUCGAGCCUGAGGAGGACGACCUCAUGGACGAAGACGUCGGAGCAUCUGAUCUCUCCCCACGCGCUGGUCAUCCAAGGCUUAGGUCAGCUAUCGCCGGAGCAAACGACGAAUCGGCGAAUAGGAAGACCAAAGGCCGCGGAUUUCGCGAGGAGAAAGAUUCCGAUCGCCAGCGCCGCCUCUCCUCCCGCGACUUCGAAUCUCUCGGUUCCGAUGGCGGUCCUGGCCCUCAGCGAUCCAUUGAGGGGUGGAUUGUUUUGGUCACUGGAGUUCAUGAGGAAGCACAGGAGGAUGAUAUCUCCAAUGCUUUUGGUGAUUUUGGCGAGAUUAAGAGUCUGCAUCUCAAUCUCGAUCGCCGUACUGGUUUUGUCAAGGGCUAUGCUUUGAUUGAAUACGAGAAGAGUGAAGAAGCACAGAGUGCUAUCAAAGCAAUGAAUGGUGCUGAGCUUCUGACCAAGAAUGUCAGCGUUGACUGGGCCUUUAGCAAUGGACCAAACAAUGCUGGAUCUUACAGGAGAAGGAACAUGAGGUCGGGGAGGUCACAACGGUCACGAAGCCCGAGAAGACGUUUCUGACUGUAUGAUUUAGAGUUGUCUCCACAUCUCUCUGUAUUUUGGAUUCUCUAUCUGUAACUCGAGAGUGUUUCGACUCUUCUUUUUAUUGGUUAAGUAGGUUUGGUUGUUUUCAACGUUGUGUAAUCUUAUGCAUAUGGGUUGUUGUGUUUUUAACACCAUGAGAUAUGUUUUAAUUCUGGUUUGGGAGAAGAUGAAAAACAUUGGUUGAGCAAGAUGCUUUUAAUUCAUUAUCUCUA